AAUUGAAUUGUAACUUCUUAUUGAUGUUUCCUUCAUGAUUAACUCGACAGACUCAUUGGAUUAAUCAUCAUCUUAAGACAGACUCUGUGGAAUAAUGUGAAUUGAUACAACAAAGGAAUACAACGAGAGACAGAUUGAAGCAACAUCAUGGCAUCUCGGAUUUCUUGCCAGUCGGUGUCAAGUAUAAAAUCAUGGACUUUAUUACUGAUUGUUGGAGUCUACCUUACAGCGGUCAUUCCAGUCUCAGAUUCUCAACCAGCCGCCGAGCCUCAUUGCGUAGCAUUAGAUAAUCUUAUCGACCACAUACUACGCAGUAUGAGAUCCAUGCCAGCAGCUACGGUCAUCUGUGCUAAGAUUCCUGGCUGUACUGGCAUCAGAUGUUCCUUUAGCAUACUGGGCCAGAGUAUAGGUAUGAGUUUAAGGAUGUACCCAUGUGCCACUCCAGCCCAAAUGAGAAUCCGCAUUUUUGUUCCUUCGAGUGGGAUCAACUUUAGUCAGAUGAUUACACAUGGAACUACUAUUGCUUUACCUGGGUUCCAGUACAGUCCCUUCCCAGGAAUUAAGGUCCGAGCCCAGGCCGCUGUCCACUUUGACAAGGUACCUGAGGGACUUCGCAUUGGGAUAUUGUUCCAAGCCAGGGGUUUUGGUACAGGAAUCAACUGGCCAGUUCUACCUGAUUAUACUGUUACCUUCCCACCUUGCUCUACAGCAAUUCCAGCAACGGAGCCCCCUCCUACCAGUCAGUGUGGUAAGAUGGACGCCCUGCUAGCUGGCGUAGCAACCCCUCCUGGCUUCACCUGUACUGUCUACCCAGACUGUCUUGGUUUCCACUGCUUCGGGUCCAUCAAUGCCGUCAUCCUGACUUAUUCAGUGAACAUCUCUUUAACAAUCAACAAUUGCAACCAGCCCGUGUCCUACACAAUAGCUCUCACUAACCCUGGGAGUCCAUUAAUAUGGCAACACACAUUCUUUCAAAGUGACACCGUGCCAGUGAUAGCAUCAUUGCCAGGGAGAACUAAGGCCAAUCUUACAGUAUUGAUGAGGCAUUUCAUUCCAGAAGGUUACAUUGAAACAUCAAUCAAGGUGACCAUAUGUAUCGGAGUCAUUGGUUGUUUUGAUAUGCCUUUUAUGAGUGCACAGAGAGUGCCUAUUGCUCCAUGUACUACAGGAACUGGACCACUACCGUUACUUGAGUACAUUUUAACUGAGCCCAGUCCAAUCAUCAACACACCUGCAUGUCAAUCAUGGAAACGAGUUGAGAAUAGUCUUAAAGCUAUGGGCAUACCCGGUCUCACCUUCCCUUAUUGCUUCAUUGAAGCUCCUUUGUGUAAUCACAUCAUGUGUACUGCUAGUUAUCAGAGUUUGCAAGCAAACAAUACCUACUCCAUCUAUGCUGAAGUGAAGCAUUGUGCUCAACCCAUGCAUAUGACGAUUAGCAUACAAGGAAUCAAUACUGUAUUCUUCAUAGAGCAGAGCAUUUCCGCUGACAAAAACGUCACUCUCAACCAGAAUGGAGUGAUACUGACUGCUGACUUCCGCAGAUUUGGUGAAGCAGUUAUGCUAAGCGUAGCAGUGAUGAUUCCGAACAUUGGGCCAGCCACAGGACCACUCAACGUACCACUCAUAACCAAUCAGAUCAUAGACCUACCCAUUUGUGCAAAUGGCGGCGGUGCAGGACCUGAAACGCCAGUGGGGCCUCCACAAUUUCCCCCAGAGUUUCCUGUUCCAGGAGCACCAAGGCCUGGAGCUGAUCAACCCACCAAUGGUGGAAUAGGUGUAACACAAGAACCCAAGGUUACUAAACCAAAAAGGAAAAAUCCCAAUGGUAAUGCAAAAUCUACAAACAGUGCAGUACCCUUAGCCAUAGGUCUUCUGUUCACCGUCUUAGCAAUCAUUGCAGCAGCUUUUGGGGUAUUCUAUUGGUAUCGUCGACCGAGUACUCCACCAACGGAAGAAGCUGUUCUUGUGGAUGAAGGGGAGCAUGAAACGGUCAGAUUCAGCAUCGGAGCAAGAUGAUCAAUUUAUAUCAAAGAAGAGUUGCUGGAAGAAUAUAAUGAAAGAUUAAAGAUGUUAAUAAUUAGUAAUAAUUGAUCAAAUUGUGUCUUGACAGCUUAUCAUCUUGAAGAUGCAGCACAAUACAGUAAACAACGUUUUCAAAAUUAAAAGAAAUCUGCAAAAAAUAGUUGUCGGCCUGAACUUUCAAAUCUAGCAGGGUCUUUUGUUUUUUUAUCCUUUAAGGUAGACUCUAGGGUCGAAAUGCAUUUGUUUUUUUGCAUUUAUACUAUAUUAUUACUCUCAUGUAUGGAUGCAUCAACAAAUCUUUGACUAUAAUUUAAUUUUUUCCCCAAAUAUCUAUUGUAAAUAUUUAGGUUUUUGUUGAACUACGCAUUUCCAGAGAAAGUAAGAUCUAGUGAAGCCUGUGACUUUACUUCUGGAAGAG